AUGGCCUGCCUAGCCGGUGGGUGUCUGGCUGCUAACGCGUCUAGCACGGCAGCAGAUGGGGUUGAGACCGGCGUGGCGGUGAGGGAUUGGAGUGAUUUGGCUAAGUUCCCGCGCUUGGUCAAUCCCUCAGCUAUCGCCAAGAUGCCGGUCGUGUCUGGCACCUGCUCGUCAGGAGCGCGGGUGAUCGCCGCAACGUCAACCCCCGCGGCGCCAAUCUCCUCAUCGCCGUUCUCCCGAGCCGCGACUCCCCUCGUCAUCGGGCGGACGAUCGGCCGGCCCCGGAGUGCCGAUCCCCUCGUUGUCGGCCAAAAGGUCGCGGAGCUCCAGAUAGGCGUUUGCGGUCUCCUGCGCGUCGCUCAUCGCGGCCGUCGCCGGCGCGGAUGGGGAGGGGAUCUCCCGGCUGCCGCUGAGAGGCAGGCCGCCGAGAGCCGUCCCCGCCGCGUCCUCGGUCGGCUGGAUCUGGCGGCUGCCGUGGGCGGCGGAGUGGCUCCGGGCGUGGCGGAUCUGGUCGCGGCCAUGGCUCAGCAGUGGACCGCGUCGUGGAUAUGGUCGCUGAAGCGGUGCGACAGGCGCAGGCAGGAGGAGAGGGGUCGCAUGUGCACGUGGCAGUGA